AUGCAAAUAAGAAAACACAAAAUGGUUUCUAGAUUGCUAACGACAGCAAUAGUUUUAAAAAAUGUUUGUAGUAUUAAUUCUCAAAGUGAAGGGUGGAACAAAAUAUCACGAAAUUUUGGUGAAAAUAGCGAAAAAACAAAAACAACACGACACAAGUCCACAAAGUCGUACAUGUCAAAUCCAAUGUUAACAACAGAAAUAACAGAAAGCGUAUUCCCCGACGUUACUUAUCCCACUAGUAUUUUGGAUGCUAGAGAACCUUUUUACUUUAGAUCAAGUGGUUAUGAUAACGUCCUUAGACCAUUUUCUGACGAUGUUAAAAUGUCUUACAACGCUCUAAAGGCAGACAAAAGAAAAAAAAGUUCCUUAUCUGAUUAUCAUUCAUCAUCAAAACCAGUUAAAGAUGCUCACAAGAUAAAUACUAAAGACCUUGAAUCUAUAAAAAUUAACUUGAAUAACACGAGUUUGAAUAACGAACGAGCAUUCAACGAUGGAACGCUCGGAAUAGAUAGAGAAGAAAAAGAAACAAAAAGUAAUCUUAUAACUUCCGAUUCCGAAGUAAGAGCUCACCUUAAUCUCACUGACGCUUGCACCGACAGCAAGAACAACGAAAUCACAGUCAUGACUUUAAAGAACUCUACUUCAAACGUUAAUUUUGAACUUCCAUCAAUUGGUAUAAAUUUGGCCACAAAAGAACGUAAUGAAUCCAAUGUGUUGUUUGACAAAAAAAAUAUUGUUAGGAACUGGAAUGAACGAGAUAUUAACUUAAAGUGUGUCAUUCCAAACGAAAGUGAGUACAAUUGUAAUAUUGACAAAAAUCAGUUUGUAAGCAAAGAAGUUUCAAAUGACAGUCAAUCUAAUACUUAUAAAUCAUUCGAUGAUAAAAAACAUCAACGUGAAUUAAGUCAUUCUUCCAAAUUUAUAGAAACCCCUGUAGAAUUUUUAAGUACACUUUAUGAUACAAAAAAAAGUUUUGAUUCAAUGCUAAAUAUAAUAGAAAAUAUGCUUGAACCAGUGAAGACUUUAUCCAAUAUACCAAACGGAAUAAAUUUAAUAGACGAAAAUUCUACGAAUGAGUUGCAAAUUGUUAAAGAAAGCGACAUCGUUAUGGACCGUGAAUUAGUAAAUAAAAUAAAUGACAUAGAAAAUAAAGAAAAUCAUAUUAGUAAUAUCGAUGCGUUACCGACAUUCACAAAACAUAUGAAUGAUGAUUGUUAUGAGAUAAUGAAUAAUAUGAAUAAGAGUCCUACUAAUUCAUUAGUAGAAAUAUUUGACAACCAAAAUGAUUCAGACAUAUCUUAUGGAUUAAGAUUAAGCCUUACGUUAGAAAAUGAUAUGAAGGAUGAACAAAACGAGGAUAUUAUUGCUGGAUUAUUUCCUAAUUACUAUGUUCGAGAAAAUUUAAAAUUUAUACGAGAUGAUAAAUUGAUUGAGGGAAAUACGCCUCAUGAGUAUAUUAAAGAUUUCCCAGUUUCUGAUGCUUCCUAUUAUUUAACUUUUGAAUUGGAUAACAUUACUGCCGAUAAAAGUGCUCUUACGUUAGAAACUGUAUCGGAAGAAGACAACUCUAUUGAAACAAAUGUCAAAUCUGCAGCAAAUUCUUUAUCUAUUUUUGAUAGUUUCGAAACUACUAACAACCCGUUUAAUAUUAUUUUUCAUUCUCAACCUGAUAUUAAGGCUAAAAUAAAUGAGGAAAAUAUUACUGAAUUAUUUCCUAAUUACUAUGUUCGAGAAAAUUUAAAAUUAAAGCAACACGAUAAAUUGAUUGAGAAUAACACGUCUCAUGAGUAUAUUAAAGAUUCACCAGUUUUUGAUGAUUCUUAUGAUUUAAGUUUUGAAUUAGAUAAUAUUACUGCCGAUAAAAGUGCCCUCACGUUUGAAACUAUAUCGGAAGAAGACAACUCUACUGAAACUAAUGUUAAAUCUGCAGCAAAUUCUAUAUCUAUUUUUGAUAGUUUCAAAACUGCUAACAACCCGUUUAAUAUUUUUUUUUGA